AUGUACUACAAAUUUGUUUUGAUACCUACUAUAGUUUUCAUACCGUUCUUUAUAUUGGACUCGCGAUGCCACAUCCCAAAGAACAACUCCGAUGUCUUCGUCACGUAUGAAGGGCACGCCGAGGUCAACGAGAAAGCAAUGACAGACGUCAAACUGACACCAAACGUCGGAGACGCUACUAACGCGCCAAACGUGACAGAUGACGUAAUAUUCGUGCCGAACAGUGCUGAGCGGAACGUCGAUAGAUUUAACAUCGAUGAAAUUAUAACGAAAAAAACGAUCGGCGAUUUCUUGGAACGUCAGAAUGUUAAUUUUGAAACCGAAGCACCAAAAGAUGUAUUGUUUAUAAAGGCGAAAAACAAUGAAGACAUUGAAAAAACAACCAAAGCGGAAACCAGAAGACAUGGCACUGAUACGAAAAAACUCAAAAUCAAAUCCUUGAACUGUGCGGAGCUGGACUGCAAUAACACACAAGAUUCGGUGUGCGGCAGCAAAUUCGAGCAUAAGCAGUUGAAAUACAGACUAUUUUUGAAUGAAUGUUAUUUUCGUAAAGUCAAUUGUGGCUUUAAACACGAAAUCAACAGAUAUCAACAGGUCGAUUUGGGGAAAUGCAACAAUACAGCCGCACGAUAUAAUGAAAGACCGUUACCAUUCAAACCAAUUCCUGUGAAAUCGGAUGUGGCCAACUGGAAUAAUACAAGAAGAUUUGGGUCGAGACGGUCAUUAAGCAUGGGCAUAAAUGGGCAAUAUUGCACGCACACUUGUCCGGCAUCAUGCCCGGAUUCCUAUGAUCCUCAAUGCGCUGUAUCCCAGACUGGGCAGAAGAAGGUAUUCGCAAACCACUGCAAAAUGGACUACAAUUCCUGUUUGUACGGUGUUGCCUGGUACAUGCGACCUCUCUCCGAAUGCGUUGGCGGCAAGAAAGCUGACCUACAGCAGAACAGAGCUUUCGUAAACUGGAUGCAGAGAGUUGGCAUUGUUGACAAUAAAGGAAGAUUGGUUUUGAGUUGA